AUGGGAAGCAGGUUGGAGAAGAACUCGGAUUCGGUGAGAAAAAGGAUCGAGGCGCACUCGUUUGACAACGAAGACGGCGACGAGUAUGAGGGCUCGAAGUUUGGAGGAUUCCCGGAAUAUUUCCGACGCAAGAGGAUCAAGCUGCAGAAUCUCGAUGCGGAGUUACGGUCAGAAUCUGCUGAUAAGCCUCAAAUCUUCAAGGGCAUCGUGGUCCACGUAAAUGGCUACACCCAGCCGUCGCUGAACGAUCUCCAUAAGCUCAUCGUCAGCCAUGGGGGUGGAUUCAUGCAGUAUUUGGAUGGAAAGACCACCGUUACGCAUAUCAUCGCUGCAAGUCUUACGCCUAAGAAAGCUAUCGAGUUCCGGAGGUAUCGUAUCGUGAAACCGGCAUGGAUCGUGGACUCUGUAGCUGCAGGGAAAGUAUUGCCUUGGGAUGCCUACCGCGUCAUUGAGGAAGGUUUGGGGCAACGAAUCUUGAGGUUUGAUGAUGGGAAGAUGGUCAGUCAGGUGAACACGCAGCAACGUGGCUACAGAGACCAAACCAAUACCAGUUGGUAUACGAGCCAAGUCAAGUCAGUUGUCGACGACAUUGAUGACGAGGAUGGCGCUCAGUCUCCAAGCACCCAAAAGGUCGCAUUUGACGGGAUUGGGGAAUUCAUGAGAGAUUCGGCAUCACAGAAUAAGCAUGUUCGGAAGAGCCCUGCGAAAGGCAAGGGCUCCGCCCCUGAGGAAAUUCCCGAGUCUUCUGGAGACUUUGAGGUAUCCUCGUCUCUAGAGGAUGCCUUAAAAACGGCUGCCAUAGGCGAUGCAGCUGGGCGUUCUGAAGCCCCCAGGAGCGAGGAUAAAGUCGGAAUCGAAGAUCGCAGCGCAACUCCACAGCCCUCAGAAAUCGUUGUUGAAAACAUCCAGGAAGGAGAACUUCCAGGAUCAAUCACGCCUACGAAGUCAAGACCUUUUAACCUACUGAAGAGGCCACACGAAAUUGAGAGUCCAUCUCCUUCCAAGAAAUCUAAAGUCAUCACGGCUGAGGAGCACAACGCUUUAUUACUAGCUGACCCGCAUAUGAGGAAAUCGUCAACCGCAAACCCAGAAUUCCUUAAGCAGUACUACGCUGAAUCACGUUUACAUCACUUGUCCACUUGGAAAGCUGAUCUCAAAUCCCGCUUUCAGCAAAUGGCAGCUGAGAAAUCAGCCUCUCAAAGGCAGCUCCCAAAAAGAAAGCCGGGUGAUCGGCGAUAUAUCAUGCAUGUUGACUUUGACAGCUUCUUCUGUGCUGUUUCUCUCAAAAGUGCACCAGAGUAUGUCGACAAACCUGCCGUUGUUGCACAUGGUAGUGGAAGUGGCAGUGAGAUUGCAAGCUGUAAUUAUCCGGCAAGGGCCUUCGGCAUCAAAAACGGCAUGUGGAUGAAGAAGGCCCAGGAACUAUGCUCAAGUAUCAAGGUUUUACCUUACGACUUCCCAGCAUAUGAAGCGGCAAGCAGAGGGUUCUAUGAGACCAUCAUAGGCGUUGGUGGUACCGUUCAGAGUGUUAGUAUAGACGAAGCACUAGUCGAUAUCACAAGUCUCUGUAUACCUACAGGCGGUACUGAAAGCCUCGGCAUCCAAGGAGGCAGCAUUUUGAGGGAGCAAGAGAAAGCAGACCAGAUUGCAGACACCCUUCGGAAGCGGAUCAAAGAAGUUACUGGCUGUGCAGUCUCGGUGGGAAUCGGAGGGAACAUUUUGCUAGCCAAGGUGGCUCUAAGGAAGGCCAAACCAGCAGGUCAGCAUCAGAUCAGGCCCGAGGAGGUGCUAGACUUCAUCGGCGAGCUUACUGUGCAAGAUCUGCCCGGCGUGGCCUACAGUAUAGGAGGGAAACUUGCGGAGAUUGGAGUGAACUUCGUCAAGGAUGUCCGCCAAUUGACGAAAGAUCGUCUGAUGACAGUACUCGGCCCAAGAACCGGAGAGAAGAUAUGGGAUUACUCACGAGGUAUUGACCGGACUGAAGUUGGAGAGCAAACCGUCCGUAAGUCAGUAUCUGCGGAGGUCAACUGGGGCAUUAGAUUCAUUUCUCAGCCGGAAGCUGAGGAAUUUGUUCUGAAUCUGUGCAAGGAGUUACAACGACGUCUCAUCAAUGAAGGCGUGAAGGGAAGACAAUUUACAAUGAAGAUCAUGAGAAAGUCGGCCGAUGCUCCGAUGGACCCCCCGAAGAACUUGGGCCACGGGAAAUGCGAUACCUUCAACAAGAGUAUUGUUUUAGGAGUCGCAACAAACAGCGCCGAAGUCAUUGGGCGAGAAGCGAUAUCAGUGCUGCGAAGCUAUGGGUUCUCACCUGGUGAGCUUCGGGGUUUGGGGGUUCAGAUGACAAAGCUCGAACUGCUGAAACCUUCGAACACAUCUCUACCAGAUGGUAGCCAGAGGAGGAUCAACUGGGGUGCCGCAGCACCAAAGCUGGGAAAGCAAAUCAACGAUGAUCCCAUCGAUGACCCGCAAACACCCACGAAGGCAAGAGCGACACCUGCGAGCUAUAAUAUAUCUGGCAGAAAGGCAUCUGAGGACCCGAUUGACGAGGCGAUCACUCCUACAAAGUCAAAGCCGAUUUCUGGUAGACUACUGUUCAACGUUGAUCCUAUCGAUGAUAUUGACAGCCCCAAAAAAGAAAAAGGCACUCCUCAGGCAAUACAUCCUGCAGCUGCCAUUGCUAGAGCCAAUGCUGCAGAUCAAAGUGCUACAAAGGUGCUCAAUGUCAUGGGUACUCAAUUCAUCAUCCCUAGUCAGAUCGACCCCAGAGUUCUGUCAGAGCUUCCGCAAGACAUCAGGUCAAAACUCAUGGCUCAAAGCAAGAAUAAGCCAAUAGCAAGAGCUCAGUCCCCCACUCUCAAGUCGAGAUCGAACAGCCCUUUUGUAGAAGACGUGCAACAUCUGCCUUCCCAAUUGGAUCCAGAGGUAUUCGAUGCUCUGCCCGAGGACGUGAAGGCCGAGGUCCUCGCGUCUUACGGAGGCCGCUCCAUGCCCGUCCAGGUCCAGCAAGGCCUCCUCCCCCAGUCCCCACGCAAAGGCCUCCACAUCAUCCCUCCCAAGCGAACCACGCCCACGAAGAAACGUGGCCGUGGCCGCCCACCCGGAUCUCGAAAUGCUCCCCGCAUCAUCAAACCAGACAAGGACUCCCACCUCACCCAAGCCAAUUUCGUCGCCCACAAAGGCAGCGCUCUCAACACCCGAGACCCGCCAGCAGAAUCGGAUGGCUACGCGUCCGAUACGCUAGACCCGGAGUUCCUGUCGGCCUUGCCAGAGGAGAUGCGCCAAGAAGUCAUGAACGAGCACCGGCGCAAGAGGCUUGCUAAGAAAGGCGGUCUCAUGACUACCGUACCGGUCAAGAAACGGCGGCCGCCAGAUCUACCGGCCGUUCAGCGCAAGAUCCGGCUCCCCCCGCGGGAGCCGCGCCCGACGUUCACCACGCGGGAACUGAGUACGCUGCCUGAGCUCCGCAGUACGCUGAGCGCGUGGUACCAGGAGUUUGCGGAUGACGGGCCGCAUCCGGAUGAUGUGGCUGCUAUGGAGAGGUAUUUGAGGAGAGUGGUGCUGGAUGAGAGGGACAUGGCAAAGGUGGUUGCCGUGGUGAAGUGGAUGCAGUGGCUGCUUGAUGAGUCUGAUGAGGGCAAUGAAGGGACGAGGGUUUGGGGGAUGGCGUUGGAAGGUAUCAAGGAGAAAGUGCAGGAUGCGGUGAAGGAGCGUGGGUUGGGGAGGUUGGAGUUGUAG